UGAUCAACUCAAAUCGGAUCUUUUAUGACACGCUUUAGGGUCUCGGGGGAACGGCAUUAAUCUGUCGUAGAUUGUUUGCUCUGCCAAUUAAUCUCGGCCACUGCAAGAAACGGGACGAUGAGAAACAAAAAGUCUUCUCGAUGGCUGGCGAGCUUCACAAGUCGGCUUCAUUCUCGGAACCAUCAGCACGAAGGCAAUCAAUAUUUCACGUGUCGACCAAGUACAGGACGUCCCACAAGGCGCUGCUGCAAUGCACAGGAGUCUCAUGGGACCAACGAAGAUUGUGUUAUUCAUCUCGACAAGACACAUGGGACGGACACCAAGGUCCCCUUCAUAUCGAACUUUCCCUUUCGAGCGUAUUCUCAAAGUCUAACCUUGUCAGUAAGCGCUUCAGACGAUGUGUCGUCGAGUCUCGAUCCCUUCACUCGAUACCAGGAGGUCGACCACUCUGUGUCACCAUGCGAAGAGUUGUGCUUACUUUGCACCCCACAAACGCAAGGUCAAGACAUACAGCAAGCUAAAGACGAAGCCCAACAGCAAGCUCGUAAGAUGAGCCCAAUGCGGCGCGUAUCAAGACUUGAACUACAGUGAGUGCAUUUCAAGCUGCAGUUCGACGUCGAAUCGAGAUGUACCCUUGUCAUCAAGGAUUUCAAGACAUAGGUAAGGUUUCCUCCACACGUGAUCGUCGCAAAGUUGAUAUCUUCCCGCUGCUUUCAGACAGAGUGUCAACCUUCAAAGUUACAGUCCUUUUGCCUCAAUCUCAUGUCCUAGCAAAUAUUAAUAUCCAAAUUCA